AUGGCGGAUUUCAUCAUGCCACAGAUCACUUGUCAGGAGUCAGACACACUAUCUUCGAACGAAUUGACCAAGCCCCCGCGCAAGUCAUUCGACGGAGUCCUUCAACUGAAUACCCUUUGGUGUCUGCCGUGUCUUCGCGAUGCAGUCCGCGAAUGGGAGAUCGAUAAGCCCCUGGAGAUUAAGUGCUAUUUGACGAAUGGUUUGUCCAAGGCGUGUUUUUUUGCCAAGGAGAUGGCAGAAAACGUGAUCUGGGUAUUAGGGGUCAUGUUUUUCGAACUGAUGGCCUUGAUUGAAUUCGUGAAAGAAUUCUGGAUCAACUGCGGUGAUCAAUGGCAGGCAAGUGGUUACUCAGUGACCGAGUGGCCUGAAAAGUUCAUCGAGAAACUUUCCGCCGCUGUCAAGAACCUCUGUGUUGCCUUCUAUGACCUAGUUGAGACACAUAGCAAGGCUCAUAUCUUGACAAUCCAUGUCUCUGAUGAAGCUAAGGCUGGCUAUUCUGCUUGGUGCAAUGCUAGGGAGCAUACGAUCCGUCCCAACACUCACCAUAGCGACAAGCUACAUCUUCAAUAUGCCUUCCGAGCCACGGAGCACUUACGCCUCCGGAUGGGCGAAGAAGGAUCAGUCUACUGGGCCAUGGAAGUUUGGUGCUUCUAUCAGACUGCCAAAACCUCGGUUGAAGACUAUGUCAAGACGAACAAUACCUAUUUCAGUCCCACGGACCCCUGCUACAUUGAGGAAGAGUUUCCUCUGGAGCUUCCUGGGCUUUAA